AUGGCGUGGCGUCGGUUUUCUAGCUUUGAUUAUAGAGCGCACUUGCUUGUAGCGUUAGUUGUUAGGUUGGCACUAGUGGCGUAUGGGGUUUACCAUGAUAGCGUUUCUGCCGUACCAUAUACUGAUAUUGAUUAUAAGGUUUUCACGGAUGCAGCGAGGCACGUUCUUGAGAACAGGUCGCCCUAUGAUAGACACACAUAUAGGUAUUCGCCUCUUGUAGCAUAUAUGGUUAUUCCAAACAUAUUGAUUCAUCAUACGUUUGGGAAAAUUUUCUUUUCUUUGGUUGAUUUAGUAGUGGCGGUUUUAAUUAGAGCAAUUAUAAAGACGACGCUUUUGGAGUACCUUCAGUACAUGGGAGAGGGGGACAACAAUAAAAAUUGUGCCCCUAUUACUAGAGGAAGGAAAAAGUCGAAAAACAAGGGAAAAAAGGAUAGGAAGAACGACGAAAUUGAGAUAUCUUCCAAUGUGGGAAUGAUCGUGUGGUUAUACAAUCCUUUGACAGUUGCUAUAGGUACAAGGGGAAAUUGUGACUCUGUCGCCGUACUGUUUGUUUUGGCAACACUCUAUAUGUUACAGUGCCAAAAAAAGUAUUUCUUGGCGGGGUUGAUCCACGGUGUUUCAAUACAUUUCAGACUGUACCCAAUUAUAUAUAGUCUCACGUUCUAUAUGUAUUUAAGCAAAUUUUCGUUCUAUUCUUUGGAAGAUCGUCGCAAACGUCAAAACUCAAUCACCGUGAAAGAAAUAACAGAACAGGACAUUCGGGCCGUUGUUACGCGAAAACCCGAACGUAAAACCAUCUUUAAGAAAAAAUACCUUCUCUAUUUGGUGCCAAAUUUCGACCAAAUCCGUCUUGUCCAGGGUUGUAUUCUCUCCCUUUUCACUCUCAUAGGCGUUUUUUACUAUCUCUACUCGUACCAAUUCCUCCACGAAACAUAUUUAUAUCACUUUGUACGAAAAGACACGCGCCAUAACUUCUCCCUCUACUUCUAUCUCCAGUACUUAACAGCAUGGAUCAAGAACAUCGGACUUUGGCAAAAAGUUCUAAUAGUCCUCCCCCAAAUCGUUCUCCUUCUUGUUUUUUCCUUCCGUUACGGUUUAAAUCGCUUCUCUUUAAAUUUCUCGGUACUUACACAGACCAUAGUUUUCGUGGCUUACAACACGGUGCUAACUUCACAGUAUUUCGUUUGGAUUUUGGCUAUUUUACCAUUGUGUCUUUGGCAGAUCCGGAUGAGCACAAGAAACGCCCUUUUUCUGGUACUGGUGUGGUUUGCGGCGCAAGGGGCGUGGCUUCUGCCCGCCUACUUUCUUGAGUUUCACGGACAAAACACGUUCUUGUUUAUAUGGAUACAGAGUGUGUCCUUCUUUUGUGCCAAUAUCGCCAUUCUAGGGAGGUUGAUAAUGUUCUUUAUGCCGAUUAAGAAAAAGGAAGUUUGAGGUGGCCCUGAUGGGGGACUUGGUCGUGAUAGUCGGUGCUGCGUCUACGUAGUGAUGUAUAAUGUAGUGUAUAUGUGUAUUUAUACCAUUUGUAAACGAAUGAAUAAAUAAGAGUACGAA